CGACGAGCAGUUUGUGUUUUCGCUGCAUCCAGCAGCUUUAGCUGAACUACGCAUUAGGUUUUUGCAGCGUGCGUAAAAGAAAAUUGUGUAUUAUACUUAAACUAAAAGAAAGAGCAUAUUAUAAAUUAAACAGUAAUACAUAGAGCAAACGACAGCCGUUAAAUUUAGCUAAAAGCACAAACAAGCAACAGUGCAGACGGAACAGGAACUUUAAAAAAUAAAACGCAUAUUCUCACGCAUACACUAACAAGAGACACGACACAUAUAAUACGAAGACCCACUCACACACACAUAAGUGCAAUACAAGGGCCGCUCUGGCAAAAAGUUUAGUUUAAUCUGCAUAAAUUUAUUUGUGCGCCACAACAAUAACAAACACGUUAUCUUUUGACGACGUGUUUAGUACAAAUAGAAAAAAACAACAAGAGAAUUUCAACUACUGAACGAACGUAGCAUACUAUAAAUACCAAACACAGAGAAAAACAAAAUGUCUACGACACCAAAAUCGACAGAAGAUUUGCUGGGUGAAUCUUGGAUCGAAUUGAGCGCAACAGCUGCCAUGGCUGGCAUAAAGAGUCCCGACAGAAUUACACCUCUGCCAUUUGCCAGUGGGGAGGAAUAUUUACGUUUGCUGCGCGAGGCGCAGCGCGAAUCAAAUCAGUCCAGUCGCGUCGUGUCUCUGGCCAGCUCGCGUCGCGACACGCCCCACGAUAGCCCCAAGAGUCCGCCAAACAGUCCGCAAUCGGAGCUGUGCCCGGACGACGAGCUGCGAAAUGUUUAUAUCAAUUAUUGGACUAAGAAUAGCGACAAACAAAACACCGAUAAUGCCGAUUGGUUGCAGAACUGGAACCGCGGCACCGAUGAACAGCCACCGAAAGAUUGGAAAUUUGAGCGCUCCAAUGACGAUGAUGAUGACGAGAAGAAGAAGAGCUCGGGUUACUCUAUACGCUUAAAGCGUCUGGGCGCCAACUCGCUGUUCUCCCGCGAAAUAUUGUACUCAUUGCUGGUCACUAAUGUGCUCUCAUUGCUCCUGGGCGCUGGCUUCGGCCUUUGGCUGAGCAAGCGCGGAAUACUCCUCACCCGCGUGGUCAUUGACUGAAAGACACUAUAAAUAACAUAAACACGACGUUUUAAUCAACAACAAUAUGCACAUCAUAACCAUUUACCGACAGGCGAAACAGAACAUUAAACGUUCCAUUUUGAGUGAAGAAGCAGUGUCAACAACCAGCCAAACGUAUUCCAGCCCACAUAACACAA